CCCGGCCCUCUCCUUCCCUCCCGGAGGCACCCGAACCCGCACCCCACAACUCCGUCGUCUCCUCUCCUGUCCUCCACACCACACGAGGGCACGCACAGAGAGCUCGUGCCUGCACUUCCAUGGCCGGCGCCUCCUCGUGUGCUCCUCGCAGCAUCACGACCGCACCUUUGCGUUAGCCAGCUCUGUCUUGUUGUCGCACGUGAGAGGAGCGAGAGACGUUGAUUGAUUCUUCCUUUUUCUCGGCGCGCGCGGGAGGGGGUAGCACUAGCACACCGCCGGCAAAGGAUCGUGACCGAAGAUGGUGGGGAAGAGGGAGCGGGACUGCAAGAACCCGAUGCGUCGGACGACGAGCAUGACGGAGUUCGCGCCGCCCGACGCGCUCGCGGCGGUGAUGGAGGACGAGGAGGAGGCCCAGCUGCCCUACAACAGCCACAUCAGCAGCCGUGGCGCCGCGGCCGGUGGUGGGCAGCAGCAGCAGCAGCAGCAGCAGGACUGGCUGUCCGCGUUCGUUGGGGGCGGCGGCGGCGCUGGGCCCGGGGGCGCCGCGGCGCAGGAGGACUGGCUCGCGGCGUACCGCGCCCGCGCGGCGCCCGCGCGCGCGGGGCUCCGCCGCAACUCGGCCGACUACUCCGUCGUCGAGACCGCCGCGUUCCUCCGCGCCUGCGGGCUCUGCCGGCGCCGCCUCGGCCCCGGCCGCGACACCUUCAUGUACAAAGGUGAGGCGGCGUUCUGUAGCCUGGAGUGCAGGGAGCGGCAUAUCACGCAGGAGGAGUGGAAGGACAAGUGCGCGCUGACGACGUCGAUCAAGGACGCUGCCGCCGGCGCCGCCAAGGCCAACGGCCGCCGCUCCUCCGGCACCGGCAAGGCCGGUGGCAGGGUGGCCGCGGCAUGACGAGCGAGGCGCUGCACCUACACCUAGCUACCUACCACUACCACCGUACCAGCAGCUUCGUCCUCAGCUAGCCGGCCAGCUGCAAGCUCAUCAUCGACCGAUCACUAGCUUGUCCAGAGCCGCUACCAUAUCUACACUAUAGUCAUCAUCCCCAGGCCCCAGCUAGUAUAGGCUUUAUCGAUUAGUUAUCUGGAUCCAUCGAUCCCUGCAUGGCUGCAUGCUGCAUGCAAGCCGUAUUAAUACCAUCAUUAUUAGCUUGAUUAUUCCAAAUCAUGCAUGCUUCGUAAAAGAAAUUCUUCAAGCUUGCUAUAGCUAUAUGCUACUAGUACGAUAGAUGAUGUUGCUGUAUACUUUUGCUGUCAGUGUAGCGAUUGAGCAGCAUGAGUACAGGCCUUGUUUAGUUUGCAAAAUUUGUGGUUUUUA